UGAUAACUGAAUAACGUGAAUUGUGAUAAUCAAUUGAAUCGCAAUUAUGAAUUCUCAGAAAAAACUCAACUCAGCACCUAAAUUUUCAUGGCCGCAAUUGCGUUCUACGGACGCAAGUCUUGAAGUAGGAAGUUUAGGUGGCUGUUCUUAUAUAAGAAGUACACCACAAAGUAUUUAUUGGAGUUAUAUGAAUGAGGCCCAAACUUACCACGAGGGUUUUGAUAUAGAACAAAUUACAAAUGUCACCCAAUUAUUUCCUCAUACACGUCGUCACUAUCCUAUUCCACAAUAUAGUUAUUCCGUCGCAAAAGCUUAUUAUGCACAAUCUGCUCAAUUUUUAUCAGACUCGUAUCCGGAAUUCGAUAUCUUUCCAGAAUAUAUCGUUGAUACUCUCUUCGAAGAAUCAUACAAUGAAAGUAAAAAUUUUGAUCCUUAUAUGAGCCAUGAACUAAUAACCAUCGGAAAUUAUGAAUUUAGUCCUGGAAUAAUUAAAAAAUUCAUUUCUUUUCCAAUUGGAAUUUCCGGAACUGAAU